AUGGUCGAGGCAAGCGUGCUGCUGCGAGCUUCCACGCUCUUGGUCCUGUUGACCACGACUGGCGGGUACUCGUUCCUUCCACACUCUAGGCCUCUGGCGCGAUCACUCCGCGGGCAUCGGCACUGCAGCAGCGCGAUAUCCCGCACUCGAUUAGCGCCACCAUGCGCCAUCGCCGUCGGUAGGGGCAACACGGUGGACGAAAAAGAAGGCGAGCCAACAAGCCGCCGCAGCAGCAGCUCAGAUACAACUAGCAAUCGUGCGCAUGAUACAGCAGCACCAGACGGAGCAGCAGCAGCGGAGGGUAGUAGCAGGGGGGAAUGGUACGGCGUCCAGCAGGAGCAGAGGGGAGCUGCUUCUUCGACGCCGCCAGCGGAAGGGAAAGGGUCGGGGACAACAACGGUGGCACUGCCGCCGGGAACGGGGGGGGGAACAACAACAACAACAGCGACGAGACCGAGGCGAGGAGGAGGCGAGAAGAAGGCCAAGUCGGGGAAGAAGGGCAAGGGCGCGAAGGGGACGAAGACGAACCCGUCCAUCGGGAAGUCGAACCUCGACACCAUCAUCGGCGACUCGGCCAAGUCGGGCGUGCUGUUCGGCGGGGAUCCCGAAAAGGUGCUCUUCGGCGGGGAGCCGGAGACGGCGCAAUCGUCGUCCUCCAAGGCCAAGGCCAAAGCCAAGGCCAAAGCCAAGGCAGAGGCAGAGGCAGAGGCGUUGGCGGCGGCGGCCGCGGCGAGCGAGGUAGAGGAGGAGGAGGACGACGACGAGGCGCAGCUGCCGUUCUCGGCGAGAUGGCGAAGGAGGAUCACCUUCGCCGCUAGGACGGUGCAGAUCUGGGCGUUCCUGUUCCACGUCCUGAUCAAGCUGCUGCGCCAGAAGCUCGUGCAGAUGGACGAGGCGAGGAUGUCGGCCCGGAGGCGGAAGCUGGGCCGGUACCUGUGCAGGGCGUUCCUCAAGCUCGGGCCCACCUUCAUCAAGAUUGGACAGUUGCUGUCUACACGAGUCGACCUUCUGUCGACCGAGUACAUCGAGGAGCUUCAGCAGCUCCAGGACAAUGUGCCCGGCUUCGGCGGAGCUAAGGCGGUCAGCAUCAUUGAGAAGGAGCUGGGCGCGCCCAUCGAUCAACUGUUCGACAAGUUCAACUCGACGUCGCUCGCCGCCGCCAGCCUCGGCCAGGUGCACGAGGCCUGGCUGGACGGCAAGCGCUACGCAGUGAAAGUGCAAAGGCCGGGGCUCAAGAGGCUGUUCGAGGUGGACCUGAACAGCAUCGGGGCUCUGGCGGGGAUCCUGGAUAGAUUCGACCCAAAGCUCGACGGCGCAUCCAGGGACUGGGGGGCCAUCUUCCGAGAGAGCAGCCGGGUGCUCUACGAGGAGGUGGACUACACGCGGGAGGGCAAGAACGCGGAGAGGUUUUCGGAGAACUUUAAGGGCACGGAGUGGAUCAAGGCUCCCGGCAUAAACUGGUCUCGCAGCUCGAGCAAGGUGUUGUGCAUGGAGUACGUGCAGGGCAUCAAGAUCAACGAUGUGGACGCCAUCGAGAAGGCCGGGGUGGACCGCGCCUUGCUGGCCACCCGGACGGCCGAGUGCUACCUCGAGCAGCUCAUCCGCCACGGAUUCUUCCACUGCGACCCACAUCCAGGGAACCUUGCGUGCGAUGCGGUGGACGGCGGGCGCAUCAUCUUCUACGACUUCGGCAUGAUGGACGAGCUCACGGUGCCGCUGAAGCGGUCGUUUUCGAACCUGAUCUUCGGCAUCUACGGCAACGACCUCAAGGAGGUCGUGGACUCUCUAGAGGAGAUGGACGUCAUCAGAAAGGGCGCGGACCGCAUGACGGUGGAGCGAGUAACCCGGUUCUACCUGGGAGAGUUUCAAACCACCCUCACCAGGGGGGGCAAGUACAUCAACCAGCUCGACCCAGAGGAGGAGAAGGCUCUCAUCAGGCGAGAGCGAGCGCAGAUCGGGCAGGACCUCUUCUCCGGGCAGGCGGCAGUGCCCCUUCAGUUUCCCGCGUCGUUCACGUUCGUCUUCAGGGCCUUCACCACCCUGGACGGCAUCGGCAAGACCUUGGACAAGGGGUACGACCUCACCAAGAUCGCGGGCCCUUACCUGAAGGAGCUGCUUGAUUUGAAGGACGGGAACGCAUACGUGUCGUACUUGAAGGGCCUGCAGAAGAAGCUGGGGUGGCGAGGCCAAGACGUGGCGAGCGUAGUCCAGAGCCCGAGACGAGUCCAGCACGUGGAGAACGUGGUGACCAAGCUCGAGACCGGGGACCUCAAGCUCAGGGUUAGGGUGCUCGAGUCGGAGCAGGCAUUCGCGCGGAUCGAGGCCGUGCAGGGCAGCCUGAGCUCGGCGGUGAUUGCCACGCUCUUGCUCAACGCCGGCGUCUUGAUGGCGGGGCAGGCGGCGGGGGCCGCCACGUUGAGCUCGCGAGCGAUGUUUGUGCUCGCCGGGUUCUUCGGGAUCCAGAUUCCCGUCGGGUACUUGAAGGGCAACUUGUCGCCCCAGCUUGGAACUAGCCAACGCUUCGUUGGUUGCAUCGACAAACGUUCUGAUCGAUCUCAAACGCUAUACAUACACUUUACAGGGCCAAUUUUGUUUGUUCGCCCCGUGUUGCAGGUCAACAAAUUAUUUAAUGAAAUGGAGAGUAUCUAUAGUUCCAGCGCGUACUGA